AAGUGGCUGCGCACCCACGUUGCCUGGCCCCCUGUCACUGUCUCGCUGUGGGACGACACACCAAGCCCUGCAAAAUCUCCCAAACCACCCUCAUCUCUCACACACAAACUCCCAGUUAUUACAGACUCCCUCCAAGAACCGCCUGUGAAUAUGGACAGCUACCACAAACCCGACGAGAAGACUCUUCAGGGCCUGAAAGACAUCGCAAACAAGCUGAGGAUUAACUCCAUCAAGGCAACAUGCGCCUCCAAUUCUGGGCACCCCUCCUCCUGCUGCAGUGCUGCCGAGCUCAUGUCUGUGCUGUUCUUCCACACUAUGCGUUACAAAGCUAAAGACCCCCGCAAUGCCUGCAAUGACCGCUUUGUCAUGUCAAAGGGUCAUGCUGCUCCCAUCCUCUAUGCAGCCUGGGCUGAGGCUGGUUAUGUGAAGGAGGCUGACCUGCUUAACCUGCGCAAGCUUGACUGUGAGCUUGAGGGUCAUCCUACUCCUAAAUUGGCGUUUGUGGAUGUGGCCACAGGAUCUCUGGGACAGGGUCUGGGAGCUGCGUGUGGAAUGGCCUACACAGGAAAGCAUUUUGACAAGUCCAGCUACCGUGUGUACUGUCUGCUGGGAGAUGGUGAAUGCUCAGAGGGAGCUGUGUGGGAAGCUAUGGCAUUUGCUUCCCACUAUGGCCUGGACAACCUGGUGGCCAUCUUGGAUGUGAACCGUCUGGGUCAGAGUGAGGCUGCCCCACUGAAACAUGACACAACUGCGUUCCAGGAGAGCUGCAAGGCUUUCGGCUGGAACACCUACGUGGUUGAUGGCCAUGAUGUGGAGGAGCUGUGUAAGGCUCUUUGGCAUGCAGAGCGUUUCAAAGGGAAGCCCACUGCCAUUGUUGCCAAAACCUUCAAGGGAAAAGGCCUCAAAGGCAUUGAGGAUCAGGAGAACUGGCAUGGGAAGCCCGUCCCUAAGGACCGUGUGGAUGCUCUGCUUGCUGAUCUCCAGGCUCAGAUUCAAGCCCCUAAUAAACAGAUCCAGGCUGAGCUGCCCAAUGAGGAUGCAGCUCCCGUUGAUAACACUCCCAUCCAGCUGCCCACUGCUCCAGAAUACAAGCUUGGAGACAAGAUUUCUACUAGAAAGGCCUAUGGUGUGGCCCUAAAGAGGAUGGGUGAUUCCAGCAAGCGUGUUGUGGCUCUGGAUGGAGACACCAAAAACUCUACCUUCUCUGAGAUCUUCAAGAAAGCCCACCCUGAACGUUACAUCGAGUGCUUCAUCGCUGAGCAGAACAUGGUGAGUGUGGCGAUUGGCUGUGCUACUCGUGACCGCACAGUUGCGUUUGCCAGCACGUUUGCUGCCUUCUUUUCUCGUGCCUAUGACCAGAUCCGAAUGGCUGCCAUUUCCCAAUCUAACGUCAACCUUGUAGGCUCCCACUGUGGCGUUUCUAUCGGUGAAGACGGUCCAUCUCAGAUGGCCUUGGAGGACCUUGCAAUGUUCCGUGCUAUCCCAACAUGCACAGUGUUCUACCCCAGUGAUGGUGUGUCCACUGAAAGAGCUGUGGAGUUGGCAGCCAAUACAAAGGGCAUCUGUUUCAUCCGGACCAGCCGGCCAGACACAGCUGUUCUCUACGAGGCGGGAGAGAAAUUUGAAAUCGGCAAGGCCAGGGUGGUGCGUCAGUCUGACAGUGAUAAGGUGACUGUGAUUGGAGCUGGAGUUACCCUGCAUGAGGCCCUUGCUGCACAUGACCAGCUGGCCAAAGAAGGUGUGAACAUCCGUGUGAUAGAUCCAUUCACCAUUAAGCCCCUGGAUGCGGAAACUAUUGUGGCCAGUGCUCAUGCCACUGGAGGCAGAGUGAUCACAGUGGAGGAUCACUACAAAGAGGGUGGUCUGGGAGAGGCUGUGCUGGCAGCGGUUGGGGAGGAGCCAGGCAUUAUUGUCCAGCGUCUGGCCGUCGACCGGGUGCCCCAGAGCGGCAAACCCCAGGAGCUACUGGACCUAUUUGGCAUCAGUGCCAAGUGUAUCGUCGCUGCUGUCAGACGCACCUUCGCCAACUGAAUCUGAAUCCCUCUUCUAAAACCUCACUGUCCUUCUGCUUCCUCCUGAACUAGCACUAAACCCCUAGAGCCCAGCUGCUUCUGAAGACCCUCCCCUGUUUGGCACAUCCUAAUCUGAAAUCUUAUAGAUUGUCAUCCCCACUUCUCUAAAGUCUUCAUAUUUCACGUAACUUUCUCCUGUAAGAGUUUAUAUGCAGCACCUUCUUCAAAAAAGGAGUGUCCAGGUUGUUGCACAUUUUUGGUUGAAUAGAUCAUGACGAGCAUUUCAGUUAUUAUAUCUGUGCUCUUAAGCUUUACUUCAUCGGCAUUCCAGGCAUUGCAUUCCUCCAGCAUCUUGCCUCAGCUGCUACAACAAUCACUUCAUUGUUGUACGUAUCCGCUGGUCAUUUGUCUGUCCAGUACGAGUACUUAAAUUGUUAAAUGUGUUCACAGUUCUUGAAAUAAUUCCUAAAUGAUGGUGCUUAAGAGAGAGGGUGAUGGAGAGAGGCCUGUAGUGUCAGCCAUUGCAUUGCUUAUGUGUAAGCUACUGAGUUAUGCUGGAGUUGCAUUGGUUGCAGCUGAUGUUGUAACCCGAUUGGAUGUUCCAGUGUCUGUGUGUGUCAUGUUACUGAAGUAUUCAGUCAUUGUGUGUAGACCUGUCUCUGGUUUACACUGCCUUCAAUAUACUGUAAUAAACUAAACUGUUCACACAA